GAUUUGAUUUUCAUCAGAAAAUUCCCACUUUUAAAUGGACUAGUAUAUAUAAAUUUACAUACCAAUCACAUUACUCAACUAUUUCAUUCUUCUUUCUAGCUCUCUUUGGUUCUAUCAUCAAUUUCAAAGGGAAUGGGGGAAGUUAGUGAUGAACCCCAUGUUCUAGCUGUCGAUGACAAUCUUCUUGAUCGUAAACUUGUUGAAAUAUUACUCAAGAAGUCUUCUUGCAAAGUAACUACUGCAGAAGAUGGUCUGAGGGCUUUGGAGUAUUUGGGUUUGGCAGCGCAUCAGGACAGCUCUACAAAUAGCAAUGGUUCAAAGGUUAAUAUGAUAAUAACAGAUUAUUGCAUGCCAGGAAUGACAGGUUAUGAACUGCUCAAGAAAAUCAAGGGGUCAUCGAUGAUGAAGGAUGUGCCAGUUGUGAUAAUGUCAUCGGAGAAUAUCCCAACUCGAAUUAAUCAAUGCAUGGAAGAAGGAGCUCAAAUUUUCAUGCUGAAGCCUCUGAAAUACUCUGAUGUCGAAAGACUUAGAUGCCAAAUAAUGCAAUGCCGAGGAUAGAGAGAUAUUAAUAUGUAUGAGUUAUUAUGUGUCUAUCUGUCUAAUGACUCAUCAAGUUAAAUGUUUAAAGUCUAUUUAUCUUUUGAGAUUUAGCUCAAAUCCCUUUCAUGAAGACAUCAUUUUUCAGUUAUGCAGAAUAUUCACAUUUCUUUUUUGGCCA